AAGAAGGAAGUAACAGAGCCCGCAGCUGGUUUUCGUUGUCCAAAACAGUGGCUGUGCGGUUUAAAACUGGAAAGAGAUGUGAAAGAAGCUGGACGGAAAACCUUGGCAAAAACCUUCAACUGUCCACGGCCAACGGCACUGCUAACCUACGAAAGAAUUAACUUUACUCACGUUCUAUGUAGAUCUCGCGAAAGGUGGGGAUCCCCAGUGCCGACGGAGUUGCAGUUAUACCCCCGUUUACGAAAUGGACAAGGAACACGAAGUUUUGCUCAACGCAUUUGUGAUAGCGAAAAAACGGUAUCGUGUGUUUUACAACGCAGGAAUUCUGGUGUGGGAAGAUGAAUCUUCCAAGAAAGCUAAAACGACCGUACCGAUAACGGAUGUGUUGUCGGUGGUGUUAUCGAAAUCACCCCACGCCAGCGGAAAGCAAUGGAUGAAACGAAACAAGCCACAGGCCUCGUCAGCAAAAACGAAACGUGAAGCCCACGGCAGCCUGGACAGCGAUCGUAUUCCAGUGCUCUCGAGCUCGGUAUCCUCGACCACCACCAACACGCUCGCGACCAACAACAGCAGCAUUCCGCAGAGCCACAGCAAUCGGGGCAGCAGCAACGAUUUGUCCAACUCGAGCUCCGAUCGCCGUGAAGGGGAAUUUUAUGAUGGAAUUCCCUCGGGCAGCGGUAAUUAUUUGAUCGUACACUACGCCGCAAUUGUUUGUCCGAAAACUAACCGAUGGCGGGUAAGAUCGGUGGUACUAUACAACAGUGAGCAGAGAAUCGUGGAACUAUGGUGCAAUCGGCUAACGAGUGAUUUACGAGAUCAAAACCGGCCAAAGAAUUUGCUUCUGUUUUUGAAUCCGUACGGAGGAAAAAAGAAUGCACUGUCGCUAUACGAGCGCUUCGCAAAACCGCUGUUUCGGUUGGCCGAGAUUGACGUAAAUUUGAUCAUAACGCAGCGUGCACAGCAGAUCUACGACAUUGUGACGUCGAAGAGCAUCGUGCUGGACAACUACGAUGGGCUUGUGUGCUGUGGCGGGGACGGAACGUUUGCCGAGCUGUUCAACGGACUGGUAACGCGCACUAUGAUGGAUCUAGGUAUCGAUAUUAAACAUCCACCGUACCUACCGAAGCCACACAUUCCGAUCGGAGUCAUUCCAGCCGGCAGUACCGACACGGUAGCGUACUGUCUGAACGGCACAACUGACAUCAAGACUAGUAUUAUACACAUCAUACUGGGACAACACAGUGGCUUGGACAUUGCUGCGGUGUACGAUGCCGCCGUGGUGAAGACUGUCGAGAGGCAGUCCCGACCGCAGCUGCUGAAACUGUAUGCCAGCGUUCUCUCCUACGGCUACCUGGGUGAUAUAGCUUACGACAGCGAAAAGUACCGCUGGAUGGGACCAAAGAGAUACGACUAUUCCGGCUUCAAAAAAUUCAUUGGCAAUCGGGGCUACGGUGGAGAAAUUGUAGUUCAACUCGAUCGGCACGGAAAGCAGGAUCCAAACGAUGGUGUCCGAUGUGUGGACAAGUGUCAACGAUGUCAAAGAGCAGUCUGGAGCGGUGGCGACGGUAGUGGCACUGGGAUGGAAGAAACCGCCACCGAAACCCACGUGGUCCGAGGCAAAUUCUUGAUGGUAAAUGGGGCCAACAUAUCGUGCGCCUGUCUGCGCAGUCCGCAAGGUUUCUCGCCCUACUGUCACCUGGGUGACGGGUUGUUGGAUUUGGUGAUCGUACGGCAUACCUCGCUUUUCAACAAUCUGCGGUUGCUACUCACGAUGACUUCAAAAACAAAGAAAAUUAGUGACUUGCCAUUCGUAGAGAUUUAUCGCACGCGCGAGUUCCGUUUUACGACGGAAGGAAUAAGCGGCGUCGAAACAACGCCGGUGAUAAAUGCCUCUAACAACCAACACUCCAAAUGGAACUGCGACGGAGAGGUCCUGGUGGAAACAAACAUUAUCGUCGAGUCCAACUGCCAGCUGGUACAAGUAUUUAGACGAGGAAUUGUGCCCAAAACCGGUGUUGCUAAUGCCUUAGCUACGGACGAUAAAGAGAGCAGAUGCUUCGGGCUUUGUAAAUAGUGGGAGCGAAUGCUCGUGGGAAUACGUCUUCUACUCCAUUGCAGUGAAUCCUUUCCUCGGGGGCUGGUGGCUUUUUUAUGAUUUACUUUUUCAAUUUUCUUGUCUGUACAUAUCAUCGUGCUUCGAUUUGUUCAUUAUAAUUACUCGCGCUGUUCCUUCUCUUUGUGAAACCGUUUUUGCGAACGACAAACUGUGAUCAUAUCUUUAUUAUUUGUUUUCUUUUUUAAUUCUAAAUUUCAUCCGCUAGUAUACUAUUGAUUACUAAGAAACACUGCUAUAAGGGGUAAGACAAAAAAAACUAUGUGAUUUUUUCUAUCUGACAAAGUAUUCUGCUGUAUACUUAUAAUAGUUAUUAGAUGCCUCCACCUUCGAUCUUGCCGAACUUCCCGGAACGCAGCAAGGUUCCGUUACUUAACCUUCAAAAGCUAUGCUCCCUAUGACAACGUUGACAAUACAUCAAUCAACAACGAUGAUAAGACUUAAAAUCGAUCGAUAGAGGUCACAGGGGGAGAGAUUAAUAUUGCUCAAGCAGAUGUUUCUUAUAUUUUGAACAAUUACCCAAAACGGACAGGCAUAUCUUUGCGAUGAGUAAGGAGGGGUAGGGUCAUGUUUACUACAGGCAGUAUUGGGCUACGGAUACUAGAAAUUAUUGAUAGCAAUUUUAGAAUGGUACAUUCUUGUUUAGCGAAUAAAAGUAAUUAUUCAUAAUCAAUACAUGAUGACUGUUCGUCGUCAAGAUAUACGAAUGAUUCCUAGCGAGAAGGUUGAUAAUACAAUACGUGGACAUUGAUUCCUUGUUGCUCAACACGUGGCACAUUAGGUGGGCCUGGUGGAAGGAAGGUAAAUGAUAGGUAUUUUAUGAGAUUAAAUCAGAAGAUGAACAAAUAAAUUCACUUAUUGAAGUUGCGAAUCGAUCGCGCGCACUACGCGGAGUGCAUUGGGAGCUGUUUGACUAAAUCGUUAAAUCAAUAGAACAAAUGAUAGCAAUAAUUACCAGGUAAUGUUUUGAAGCACAUGUCCACCGAUCGAGGCUGGUGAUGGAAAUGAUCCAAGGCAAGCAAACAUGUGCGCCCCAAAGAUAUGGGAACAAUGCAACAACGUUCUUAAUGAAUCCUGCUCUACUGUGUAAGUCCUAAUGCGAAACAGACAAUAUACUGUGCUUCGUUUGCCUACAAAAUGGUAAACUUGAGUCCAUUCUAUACAGUUCGCUUAGCGGUACCGAACGGGAUUUGCCAAGCUGAUAACAUUAAACCCACAGCAUUCCACUCGGUUAUUGAAAGAUUAAUAACUAACUGGCAUACAUUUAAAGGUCCUAGUUCUGAGCAAUGUGAUUUUACUAUCCGUUACUUUCUUUGACUUGGUUGAAGCAGUAAAUUUGAAGCAAUACAGAGAAAUAUCUACAACUUAAUAAUAAACAUUAAGUAGCGUUGGGUGGUGACUAAAAAAAACAUGAUGCGCACUACAGAUCAUAAAAGUAGACACUUUCUUAGGAAUGAAUGAAAAGAAAAUAAACAAAAAUAUGCUCAAGCUGUU